GCCGGCCGGGGCAGCGGCGCCGCUGCGAUCGGAGGCUGCGGAGCGCGGGCGGGCGGCGUCGUGUCCCGGAGCCCUCGGCAGUCGCUGGGCUGCGGUGCCGCUCAUCGCCAUGGAGAAGUACAAAGCUCUUGAGCAGCUGCUCACAGAACUUGAAGAUUUUCUGAGGAUACUGGACAAGGAGAACUUGAGCAGCACUGCUGUGGUGAAGAAGAGCUUCCUCUCUGACCUUCUGAAAGUCUACACCAAGUCCAGUGGUGGUGAUGAGGAGUAUAUUUAUAUGAACAAAGUGACAGUCCAUAAACAGCAGGGUGACCAAGAGAAACAAGACAAAGUGCUGGAUCAGAAGAACUCCCUGACCAAUGGAGACUCAGGACUGCAUUUGUUACCUCCUCAGAAGAGCCUGCCAGACCUCCCCCCUCCAAAGCUUCUCGAAACAAAACAACCACCAGUCCCCAAGAUUGAAUCCCCAGAGGGAUAUUACGAAGAGGCUGAGCCCUAUGACAUCUCUGUAAAUGGUCUUUUUGGUAGGCUUGCUGCGGCUGGACCCAGGCCAGGGUUGCAGGUUACUGAGGGCGUUAUUUAUGCCACAAUAACUAUGGAUGGUGAAGCUGUUAGUAGUUCCUACGAGUCUUACGAUGAGGAAGAGAGCAGCAAAGGCAAGUCAGCAACCCAUCAGUGGCCAUCCCCAGAGGCCACCAUUGAGCUGAUGAAGGAUGCCCGCAUCUGUGCCUUCCUGUGGAGAAAGAAGUGGCUGGGACAGUGGGCAAAACAGCUGUGUGUUAUCAAGGACACCAGGUUGCUGUGCUACAAGAGCUCCAAGGACCACAACCCCCAGCUCGAUGUGAAUUUGCUGGGCUGCACAGUCAUUCACAAGGAAAAGCAAGUGAGGAAGAAGGAGCACAAGCUGAAGAUCAUCCCCACCAACGCUGAUGUCAUCGUGCUGGGGCUGCAGAGCAAAGACCAGGCAGAGCAGUGGCUCAGGGUAAUCCAAGAGACCAGUGGUCUGCUCUGUGAAGGAGGCAGUGAAGGCAACCAGUACAUCCCAGACUCGCAGCGUCUCAGCUACCCAAAGGUGGAGGUGUCCGAGAGAUACUCUGCAGCCUCCGAGAGCGGGAGCAGCACCGACGGCCACACGGAGACAGCUGAGACAAAAGAUGUUAAGAAGAAGGGCACAACUGGCCUGAAACUGAGCAACCUGAUGAACCUCGGGAGGAAGAAGUCCAGCUCCCUGGAUAGCCCAGAGAGAUCCCUGGAGACUUCAAGUUACCUGAAUGUGCUGGUGAACAGCCAGUGGAAGUCACGGUGGUGUCAGAUAAAAGAUGGGCACCUCCAUUUCUACCAGGACAGGAACAGAAGCAAACUGGCUCAGCAGCCCCUGAGUUUGGCAGGCUGUGAGAUCAUCCCAGAGCCGAGCCCUGACCAUCUUUACUCCUUCCGCAUCCUGCACAACGGGGAAGAACGGGUUGUUUUGGAGGCAAAGUCCUCAGAGGAGAUGGGCCACUGGCUGGGCCUCCUCUUGUCGGAGUCAGGCUCGAAAACAGACCCAGAGGAAUUUACCUACGAUUACGUGGAUGCUGACAGGGUUUCCUGCAUCGUGAGCGCUGCGAAGAAUUCCUUCUUCCUGAUGCAGAGGAAAUACUCCGAGCCCAAUGCCUACAUUGACAACCUGCCCAAGGGCAGGGUGCAGCAGGACGAGCUCUAUGAUGAUGUGGAUCUGCCAGACCUGCCUGUGGAAGAAGUACCCAAGAGUGAGAGCAAAUUAGAGGGGGACCAAGACAGAGUGUAUCUGGAUCUCACCCCAGUGAAGUCCUUACUACACUGUGCGGGCAAGAUGUCAUGCCAGUCUUCCCCGCUCAGCUCACCCUCUCUGGAAAGGGCUGCCAACAAGGCUGCCCCAGAGAGCACAGCUGAGACAGCCCCCAGAGCUAAGGAAGCUGAGCCCUGCGCUAAGGCAGCAGAGACCUCGGAGCAGAAACACCCAGAGAAGCCAGAGCCCGAGGAGGCCCUGCCACGGGUGCCUGCUGUCAAAAUCCAGAGCCAGCAGCAGAACAGCGAGGCACCCGAGGUGCCAGCGGGCCCAGUUCCAGCGGGCAGUCCCCAGCUGGUGCCCGCACACCGGCCCAAGAUGCCGCUGCCAGCAGCAGCAGUGGAAACCAAGCUGGGCAAGAACAGGACAGAGGCAGAGGUGAAACGGUUCACGGAGGAGAAGGAACGUCUGGAGAAGGAGAAGGAGGAAAUCCGAGCUCAGCUCACCCAGCUGCGCAAGGAGAGGCGGGAGCUGAAGGAAAUGCUUGGUGGCAGCACAGACAAGAGCCUGGAGCAGAGGCUGAAGGAGAUAGAUGAAGAAUGCAAAAGGAAGGAAAGCCAGAGGGUGGACCUGGAGCUGAGCCUGGUGGAGGUGAAGGAGAACCUGAAGAAGGCAGAGUCUGGCCCAGUGACACUGGGCACGGCAGUGGACACCACACACCUGGAGAACACAGCCCCACGGGUUCAGGCCAAAAGUGCCAGCCCAGCAAACAGCGCAGAGAACUCACCCGUAAAUUCAGCAACGGCUUUAAAAAACCGGCCCUUAUCUGUCAUGGUCACGGGGAAGGGAACAGUCCUACAGAAAGCUAAGGAAUGGGAGAAAAAGGGAGCUAGUUAGAAGCAUAUUGUUCAGAGAUGGACUAAAGACUCGAAUUGCCCACGCAUGGCCCAGGGGAUUCAACCAUCUGUCAGUGGAGGUUGGGUGUUCAGCACCACCACACACCAAGUGCCUCCUCCACGUGGCGCCCACGGCUCAGACGCAGCGCUGGAGUCAACAGCUGCUGAUACCAGUUAUCCCACAUGAACCUGCUCUUUCCAGACAAAUCCCAAUCAUGUAGCUAAAAACAAUAACAACCAGUGGCAAUCCUUCCAUCAAAGUCCUAACCCAGCUGAUGUAAACAAGAAUGUUACUGUACAUAGGGGGUGUUUUGUGUAUUUCUACUCUGAAGGUUUAUCAAUGAGUUAUUAAGGUUUCUAUAUUAGUGACUGUAGUGGAUUCAGAAGGAACCUCUGCUAUUCCUCAGCCUGGUGAGUUUGUACCUGUCCUGAUAAAUUGGAGUCAACUAAAGUUGUCAGCCUGUCUUGCUGCCAGUCAUCACUCAGCUGCAUUUCAUCCAGCCUUCAGUCAAGGGCUAUCCCCACAUGUGGGCAGUUCUUCAAACAUGAUUGAGAAGCACACAGCAGCUUGUCCAGGCAUUUUAAUCAGUGUCCUGAUGCAUUCCAGCAUCUCCUACCAGCUGCAAGUUUGCUAGAUUGAGCUGCUCACCUUCUCAUGCUGUAAGCUGUGUUACAGACUGGCAGCACCAAGAGCUCUGAGCAAAGAAGAUCUGCCAGGCAGAUUCAGUUCACUUUCUUGAAGAUCUUACUUCACCUGAGGAGUUUGUUCCUAAAAAAAAAAAAAAAAAAAAAAAGAAAAAAAAAAAAAGAGACAAUAAAAAAGUAAUAUUUGAGGGCUUGCUCAGCUGUUUCGUGGGAAAGCUGGAUCCCAGUGCAUCCUUCAGAGAUCCAUUUCUCCAAGAGAGGGGAGGUAAAGCAGUCCCCAUGCUGCUGCCCCAGCUGUGAUGGUGUCUGAUCCUCACAGAGCUGCAGCUGAAGCCAUCCCUCUGUCCCUGUGUCCCUCCCCACUGCAGGGCUGAGCAGCCUGCCCUGCAGUAAGGCUGCAGUGCCAGGGCUCUGCUGGAUGUUGUCUCUUGGUGCUGUCACCCUUAUUUCCUGCUCAUUAACACAGCCUUUGGGCCCUGGCAGUAUGGCCCAUAAAGCCCACCCCUCUCUCCCCUAGCCAAGCUUUCUAAUGAAAGAGGUUGGAGAUUUGGAACAGCUAAACCUAGAGACAUUGAAAUUUGAAGGGUGGCAGUGGGUUGGCAGAACUCUAUGCACUCCUUCUCUCCCUGUAACCUGCUGACACGUGUGAUGGCCUGAAAACACCUCUUCCUGUCUCCUCUGAUGGCCCUUCAGAGCCCAGGCUCAGGAGCUGGGUUGACUGGAUGGGGCUGGAUCUGUUUUAACCCUACACAGUUAAAGCAGCACCACUUCCCAGGAUGGAUUAUCCACGGGGCCCUGUGGCUACACCAAAGCCAAAGCAGACAGGAAAAAUGUUGUACCUUCCUCACCCUUGAAAAUAUUUGACAGGUCUGAGACCACCUCUAAAGGGCUGUUCUUUCUUCACACAAAGGCCAGACAGCCAGUGGGAGCACAGGGCUGUGGUACCCAGAGCUGGUGAGUGUCCUGACAAGGGUUCUGGGCUUACUUGCCCCUUCCACAGAGCCAGGGUGCAACAAAACACUUGCUCAGGGUAUCCUGGAAGCAAGAAAGGUGACUGUGCUCCCAUUUUUUUUUCACUCUUUAGUUCCCACUGUGGUGCAGGAGGAAUUGAUAAUGCCAGGCCUCUGGAGCCUCAGCUGGCAGGUUGGCCCUGUGCAAGGUUUUGCACAUAGGAAAAAAUCAUGCAAAUAAACUGCUGACUCUUCUGGUUCAGGACCCUGGGGACUUCCUUCUCCAGAGCACCAGAAGGCCACAGACUCCAUGAAGCUUUUGUUUUGGCCCAUGAAGAGCUGGCAAGAGCCCCUCUCUGUACCCUAAAUAUCCGUGUAGGACCGUGCCCUCGGCGUACACCCCGCUGUCCUCCAGGAGUUGUCCAGACAUUUCACAGUGCUCCUGAGACAGCCAUGGACACGAGCAGCUCUGCUUUCCCCUUCACAGCCCAGUCAGCUGCCGUGCUCCUGCUGGGAUGUCUCCAUGAGGGAAUGGUAAACAUAGGCAAGUCCUGAAGGACACACUUUCCCCAAACAAGAAAUGUUAAACAAUGUCUCUGUGUCCCCAUUGUUUUCCUAACUCGAGGCAUUUCCUUUGUUGUAACUGUGACCUAUAAAGUGGCGCUUUAGAGGGUUUUAUAAUAAAAUGUUGAGUAUAUUA